CAUAUAAAAAGCUUGUUACGAACACGCAGGUAAUGUCUCUAGGAAAACUAAAAAAUCAUCCAAGACAGUCCAGGCGAUUAUCAUUAUUCCCAACACUCUUUUGAUACAUAUACAGAUAUGUCUAACAUCAGUAACAACAACAACAAAGACAAUGCCGCUGCUGGUCAGCGUGCUUUUGCCUCGGCCCUUACCUUCGGAGUGGAACUCGAGUUCAUGGCUUUCGUGCCCAAGUUGACCAUCAUGCAGUAUCACAGUGCAGAGGAAUAUUUGCGUUCUGUGCUCUGUAAUGCACGAGUCAAGCUUCCCUGCACUAAGCCUGGCUGUGAGGCUAAGGGGCAUGAGUGGUACCUGCCCAUUCAUAGCGAAUUCGGAGACCGCAGUCCCGAAUUCUGGAAUCUGGACUUUGACAUGACUAUUAUGUUGCCUAGAUCUGGCACAAACCAGGCCACCAGUGAGCUCGUUGAAUCGAAUUAUGGCAAUCUGGAGCUGAGAUCCCGAGUACAGAAGUUCUGGGGCUCUUCUCCUUGCCCUUUCAACCAGCACUACCCUUGUACUGGCGAGCCUUUUGAAUGGACAUGGCGUGAUGAGCUGAAGUGCUUCCUCCAAGUUAUUCAGGAGGCUUUCAGCCCUCGCGGCUUCCGCACCAUUCUCAACGAGACCGCAGGUUUACAUGUCCACAUCGGACAGGAUGACUUGGGUCUUCCGCUCGAGGUCGUUCAGGGUCUUGUAGGCACCAUGACUGCUUUGGAACGCUGUUUCGACCGCGUCCUUCCUACUCACCGUAUCACCGGUACAACACGAAAUGCAUUUGCUGCCCACCCCGAACCUCUUCCUGGCCUUGAGAUCGAUGGCUUCCACAGCUUGUAUAAGCCCGGAACAAAUAAAGCAGACCAAGACUUCGAGACCAAAUUCCACCCAGCCGCCACCCGCACCAUGUUCAAACAUGUUCACGAUUGUAUCUACGACGAGGCGACAGGCAUAGACAGUCACGUUCCUCAGAACAGCCCGACUGGCAGCGCUGUUUCCGCUCGGCUCUCAGCCAAAGCUGCCAAGUCGAUCGAGAAGUACCUCGUUAGUUUCAACGUCCCUGGCUGGUUGGAGAUCAUCAAGAGCAAGUCCACUGUUGACGAGAUCAAGUGCAUGGGCUUUGCUGAUAAGUACACCGCUUUGAGCUUGAGAGGACUGGGUGACUCGUUCGAUAACGGAUCGCCUCCCACAGCUGAAGUGCGUAUCCAUGAUGCCAGUCUUGAUUUGAACGAGAUCAGUGCUUGGAUCGAUCUUUUGUGCAGCCUGACUUGCUGGUCCGAGGCCAUCCCCAAGAAGGAGGUCUUUGCCUACCUCCUGAAGUCGUGGAGAGAUCCCGAGUACACCAUCGUUCGUCUUGCCCGCGAGGUCGGUGCCACUGACGCAACCGUCGCCCACUACGACUUCGUCAUGGAUCCCAGCUACCGCCAGCGUCGUUUCGAGAAGAACACCGAAUGCGAGGCUGAUAACAACGUGGUCAACUUGCUCAUCAUCAACGAGGAGAAGCGUCGCGAGGCAUUCUCCCGUGAGAAUGUUGACGAGAAGAUCCGCUGGAAGCUCGAGUCUGGUAGAUACGGACAAGUGCCUACAGCAUUCCUCGAGGCCCAGCCCGAGCCUGAGAUCUUCACAAGACCCGAAGCCAAGUUCUUGCACCUCAACGAGGAAAGCCAGAAAGAUUGGAUUGAGUACAUGAAGAACUUCUACCGUGUUGAGCGUAUGAUUGAGCUUACUUCUGAAGAGGACUCUGAUGCCGACGAUAGCAACAUCAGCCCCUUGGUGAGCCAGGCCGGUGACUCUGAUGUUCUUUCGGGAAGCUCAAACACCACUGAGAAAUCUGUUGUUUCCUCGGAAGGCUUAGAUGGAGGCGUUAAGGUCGACGUCGAUGCUGAGUCCGUUGCCGCAGGUGCAAGUGACAGCGAUGCUGAGUCUGUCGUUUCUAGCUCGAUCGAAGAGUCCGACGACAAGUCCGAGUCUGACGCCGAGUCUGAGGCCAUUGGUGCAAGUCAAGAGCCCGUGUUCAGCUCGAGCGAAGAAUCCAGCGAGACAUCCGGCAUCCACUCUGCUCUCAGCCCUUCUGCCAAGGAUACUGAGGCUACCAAGGCGACUGAGGUUACCAAGGACACUGAAGCCGCCGCAACCCCUGUGAAGGAGACUGACGCCGCAGAAGCCCCUGCGAAGGAGACAGUGCUUCGCGGGCUUUGGGAUCUGUUGCCUACUUGGCGAUCCACAGUCGAGAGCUCCACUGUUAAGGAGACUGAAGCCGAGACGUCUCCCGUCAAGGAACCCGCAGCUCCCAGCUCCUCGGUCAAGGUCAAGUCCCCUGCCAAGGUCGAGUCCCCUGUCAAGAAGACUGCAGCUCACGUCUUGGAGGACGACUCCAACAACGAGGGCUGGUAUGGCAUUCACCCUAGCUUGUUCGCCGCAUACGACAGUAUCCCCGGCAACUACCUGACUCACUUGGAGAAGACCAUCGUCAGCAUGCCCGAUCUCCCUCAGCCCCCAAGCCCCAACAUGGCUGCUUUCGCAGAGCUGAAGGCUGACACUUGCACCAGAUUGAAUGACAAUUUCUUCAGCAAGAUUACGCCUGAGACCAUCGCCAAUGCCGAGAGCAGAGAUGUUGCUGAGCGUCAAAUCGCGGAGUUUGUCGAGGCUGAGAAGCAGAUGUACGUCUUGAGAUCUUGCAUCGGAGAGAGUGCUGCUGCUGAGAGGUACUAUGCCAAGAAGAAGGCCGAGGGGUCGAAGUAAUGUAGAGAGUAGAUGUAGAGCCUCGAUGUUGAGCAUACAAAUUGCCUGUAUUUGUUAUUGUAACAGUAGAAAGAAAUAUAAUCUUGUUGCAAGUCAACAUGGUCCGACACUGUUUGUCCAAUCCUGUAAGAGAAUUUGUGCUGACAUGAUCGUCUUCGUCUCGCUAUAGUAUGGU